AUGGAUUACGAGACAAAACCCCGUAAGAUUGCAAAUGAGUGGACACGUAAAGACUACCACACCAAAUUGCCCAUCAAGUUGCCCGGUGGAAAGAUCAAACAGGUUGAGGAAAAGCACGAUUCGGAUGUAGAAGAGGAAGAAGUUGUCGAAGAAGUUGUCGAAGAAGAAGACGUUGAAGAAGCUGAGGAAAAAGAGGACAGCGAUAAUGAAGUUGCUCUCACAAAAAAGCAGUAUAUCAUGAAGAAAAAGGAAGAGCUUGCACAGAUGGCAUCCGAAAUUCAGGAAGACCCUGAGGCCAGUGCCGGGCAAUUGAGAUUCCUUCGUGAAGCUUUCAAGGAUGAAAACACAACUGUGAAGAAACUUGUUAUUUUGACUCAAUUGGCUGUCUAUAAAGAUAUUAUUCCUGGCUACCGUAUUCGUCCUUUGUCUGACAAGGAAGAGGGUAUCCAGGUUUCCAAGGAAGUUAAAAAGUUGAGAGACUACGAGCGACAAUUGCUUCACAACUAUGAAGAGUACUUGAAGGACUUGGAGUCUUUGAUUACAAAGAGAAAGAUUGAUGAAGAUUAUGAGACUGCCAUGAUUGCUACCCGUUGUUUGUGUGAAUUGCUGACAACCAAGACACACUUUAACUUCCGUCUCAAUAUCAUGGUUGCCAUAGUGACUCAAAUGUGUAACCAGGCAAUCAUUACUGUAUUUAUCAAUGAUGAAUCUGGUCGUACUUCGCUCGAUGCUGUCAAGAUGAUGACUCGAAUGAUCAAGUCCAAGGGUUAUGCAGUACAUGAAAAGGUUAUCAACUCUUUCUUGUACCUGCGCCUCAAGGAUGAGAUGGCACCUGUUGCAAACCAGGCUGAUGAGCAAGACAAGAACAAGAAGAGAAAGAGAGAAGACAAGCCUUUCUUGACAAAGAAGGCACGAAAGGCACGAAAGGAAACUCGUGAAAUUGAGAAGGAGUUCCAAGAGGCCGAGGCAGUUGUCAGCAAAGAAGAAAAGGAUAAGAAUCACACAGAAACUCUCAAGCUGAUCUUUGCAUUCUACUUCCGUAUCCUCAAAAAACAAACCACAUCUCCUUUGCUUCCGGCUGUUCUUGAAGGACUUGCCAGAUUUGCUCAUUUGAUCAACGUUGACUUUUUUGAUGAUUUGCUCAAUGCAAUCAAGGAUGUUAUGCAUUCUAUGGAAGUUAAUGUUGAUACAAAGGCAGGUAGUCUGUCUAGAAAGCGCCUGCUCUGUAUUAUUACAGCAUUCCAGUUGUUGUCUGGUCAAGGUGAGGCACUCAACUAUGAUCUCAAGGAGUUCUACAAUGAGAUGUAUGUCUUCCUUCUCAAGGCCGGUUUCCAUACCAACCUUGAAGAUAAGCCCGAUACAAUGCAUGAUGCUGAGAGUGAAUUGAUGAUCAAGAGUUUAGAGCUCAUGUUCCUCAAAAAGAGACAGAUUCCUAUCAAUCGUAUGGCAGCUUUUGCAAAACGCCUGGCUAUGUCAGCAUUGUACAUGCCUAAUAAGAUUGUACUCCAAUGCCUCGGUAUCAUUCACAGACUGUUACAGAAAGACCGUCGUCUUGACGCAUUAGUUCAAUCCGAAGAUAGAGCCGCCAGUGGCGUUUAUCUUCCUCUGUUGGGAGAUCCCGAAUUGUGUAAUCCGUUUGGAACAAGCUUGUAUGAGCUUUUCCUCUACCAGAAUCAUUAUGAUCCUAGUGUACGUGCCCUCGCUCAGACACUCCAGGAACCCCAGACCAUUUGA